GCCCCGCGCCCUCGUGCAUGCCCGGCGACCGCGGGUGUCUAUGCUGCGGAACUUAGCGGCGGGUGACGGACAGCUGCGUGGGAGCCGUCGCCGCGAAGCGCGCGCCCGGACCUCGGCCUGGGGAAAUCUCUUAUAAAGAAGAAGUCUGUAUAUACUCUAAAUAUGGGCGAUCAAGAAUAUGAAGAUAAAGAAGGUGAAGGAAACAGAAAUAAUGAUACUACCGCUGCCACCACUGGUCUAUUGUACCGUGAAACAGACAGAUGUCCAAUAUGUCUUAAUUGCCUAUUAGAAAAGGAAGUUGGUUUUCCAGAAACUUGUAAUCAUGUCUUCUGUAUGACCUGUAUUCUUAAAUGGGCGGAGACACUGGCUUCAUGUCCUAUUGACCGAAAACCCUUUCAAGCAGUGUUGAAAUUUAGUGCACUGGGAAGUUAUGUUAGGGUUCAAGUAAAAAGACAAUUAAGAGAAACAGAAGAUGAGAAAAGUGAAAGCUAUUGUAAGAAACAGCUGAUCUGUCAUGAAUGUUCCAAAAGAACAGAGGUAGUAAGAGAAGAUCUAUCAUGUACAAGAUUUUGUGACUUGAAGAUGAUCUAUAGAAACUCUUCAAGCAAUACUAUGGGAGGAAAGAAAGAUGCAGCAAUAAAGAUAGAUAAGCCUCGAAGACCAAGUCAGUGUAUAAGCCCUUGCUUUAGAAAUGUUUUCUCCAACAUGUUCCCUGCUGGUUGUUAUACUGGAGAAGCUUCUCUUAUCCAUAGAGCUUACUGUACAGAACUUUUAGAAGUCAGUGAAAUCAGUACAUUGAUGAGGCAGAAGAGACAGGAGCUGGAAUUGUCAUGGUUUCCUGAUACAUUACCUGGAAUUGGAAGAAUUGGUUUUAUACCUUGGAAUAUUGAAACAGAAGUCCUUCCUGUCAUUUCCUCUGUGUUGCCAAGGACUAUUUUUCCAACAACUACCAUGCCAUUAGAAAACUUUGGUACUUCUUGCAAAGAAUAUGCAUUAGCACAUACCAAAGGAGGAGAAGAAAAAAAAAAUACUUCUGGCACAUCGAGUACCAGAGGGUCAAGACGCAAACCUGCAACAACUACUCCUACCAGGAGAUCGACACGUAACACAAGAGCAGAGAUAGUCAGUCAGUCUGAGAAAUCCCCAGUAUCAAAUACUUCUGGGGUUAGUGCCCCAGGUAACAACAAUCCUUCUGUAAGUGUUUCUCCACCAGCUGAGUCAGAAAAGCAAACAAAACAGGCUCCAAAACGGAAGUCUAUGAGGAGAGGGAGAAAGGCACCUUUACUGAAAAAAAGACUUCGUAGAUCUGUACCACCCUCCAAGAAGACCUCAUCCAGUGAUUCAGUAGAAGAAGAAACUGCAGACUCUUCUGAUGCACCACCUGUGUUAGAGAAAGAACAGUCAGAUGUAGGAAGUAAUAACAUUUGUUCUGUGCAAACAGAUGUGGAGAAUCAGUUGGAUAAUUGCUUAAAAAGUUGCAGUGAACAGACAGAAGAAUAUGAGGAAUAUAACAAGCAUCAUGAUAAAGGGGAAGAAGUAGAAUUUACAUAUUCCAAGUCUGGCACUGAAGAUCCUCCUGUGCUAAUUGGAAAAGAAGAGGAAAAUCAAACCCCUAAGGAUACAGGUACAGGUUUAGUGGCUCAAGUUUUAUGUUUAGAAAGUGGUAUUUCUGAAGAUGCUCUUGUAAAAGGAAGUGAUCCAUUGGAAAAUCAAGACCAGUUAUCUGGAUCUUCAGAAUCAGAUUUAAAGGCAGCCAUAUGUACACCAAAUGAGUCCCUUACAUGUUCAGGAUCUGAAGUUGAAGUACACCAAGCAGUGUCUAGUCCUGUGCAUGCGGGACCUGAAAAUGCAGUACCAGUAGACAGUGAAGAAAAACGAGUGCUGAGUCACAUAGUAGAAAGUACUGAUCUUAAAGAUGCUGCAGUGGAAAUUAACAAAUCUGCAGAGAGCCCCAAGUUAGAAUUUUCUGAGGGUGAAAUUAUACACACAUUGGACAAAAAUGCCACUGAGACUUCAGAGCUUCAGUUGCCUAAGCAUUUUGAAACUCAUAAUGCAGAAAUGACUGUAGCACUUGACAGUUCAGAAAAUGAAAAUGUUAGUAGCAUUCAAGACUCUGAAACAAAUGUAUUAAACAAUCUUAACCAAAUGGACACAUCUUUAGACGAAAAGGCUGAACAUCUUGUUGAACAUCAGGGACCUCUAAAGUCACCCGAUACAGAGGAUCAACAGAAUGAGAAGCAUUUCAGUGAAGACAACAAUGAAACGAUACCUAUGGAGUGUGAUUCAUUUUGUAGUGAUCAGAAUGAGUGUGAAAUUGAAUCAUCUGUAAAUGCUGAAUCUAAACAGUUGAAUGAAAAUUCUCAGAUACUUAGUUCUGAAAAUAAUUCAUUCUUGGAUCCUUCAAAUGAGUUAACUAAAACUGUAUGCCAGCCAUCUGAAUGUUCAACAGAUACAAUAGAGAAAGCCAGAAAGCCCCGUACUCGGAGGUCAAGAUUUCAUUCUCCAUCUACAACUUGGUGUCCCAACAAAGAUACUGUAGAAGAAAAGAAGCGGUCUCAGUCUCCCUCUCCCAAAAGAGAAACUGGAAAAGAAAGCCAAAUGUCCCCGUCACCAUCACCUAAGAAAGAGUUGGCUAGAGGUCGGAGAAGAUCUCGUUCUCUAUCGCCAAAGACAGAUAUAGUGGGGGAAAGGAACCGUUCUCGGUCCCCAAACAAAGAGAGUAGUAGGGAAACCAGGAGAUCCGAAUCACUGUCCCCAAGAAGAGAGACUUCUAGAGAGAACCAGAAGUCUCAAUCAAGAGUGAAAGAAUCUUCUUCAAGAGAAAAAUCUAGGUCCCGUAGCAGAGAAAGAGAGAGUGAUAGGGAAAGUCAGAGGAGAGAUCGAGAUAGGAAACCCAGACGGUGGUCAAGGUCCAGAUCGCGUUCCCGAUCACCAUCAAGAUCAAGAACAAAGAAUAAGACCUCAUGUUUUGGUAGAAAUGAAAGAGAUAGUUAUUCUCCCCGAUGGAAGGAAAGAUGGACACAUGAUGGUUGGAGGUGUCCACGAGGAAAUGAUCGGUACAGAAGGAAUGACACAGAGAAACAGAAUGAAUACCCAAGAAAAGAAAAAAAUGACAUCAGUCUAGAUACUGAUGAUACAAAUUCUGCUGAAAAGCAUAGAAAUGACUGUCCCAGUUGGGUAACAGAAAAAAUAAAUUCUGGACCAGAUCCAAGGACCAGAAAUCCAGAAAAGUUAAAAGAUUCUCAUUGGGAAGAAAAUAGAACUGAAAAUUCAGGGAAUUCUUGGAAUAAAAACUUUGGCUCGGGUUGGAUGUCUAACAGAGGUCGAGGUAACCGUGGCAGAGGCACUUACAGAGGUAAUUUUGCCUAUACAGAUCAGAAUGAAAGGUGGCAAAACCGAAAACCCCUCUCAGGAAAUUCAAAUAGUUCAGGGAAUGAUUCUUUCAAGUUUAUGGAACAGCAACCCUAUAAGCGGAAAAAUGAGCAAGAGUUCUCAUUCGAUACACCAGCAGACAGAUCGGGGUGGACAACUGCAUCUAGUUGGGCUGUGAGAAAGACUCUGCCAGCAGAUGUACAAAACUAUUAUUCACGGCGAGGGAGAAAUUCUACAGGUCCACAGUCUGGGUGGAUGACACAAGAAGAGGAAACAACUGAACAGGAUUCUAAUGUAAAAGACCAAACAAGCCAAGUUGAUGGCUCUCAGCUACCUAUAAAUAUGAUGCAGCCCCCAAUGGGAGUUAUUCAGCAGCAAGUGAGCACACAUCCGCCUGUGAAUAUCUUCCCAUACCCAAUGGGUGUUCCUGCACCUUUGAUGAACAUCCAACGCCAUCCAUUUAAUAUGCACCCUCCGCUACCCUUGCAUCUCCACACAGGAGUGCCUCUAAUGCAGGUAGCUCCUCCUACCAGUGUAACUCAGGGACUACCACCUCCGCCACCCCCUCCUCCACCAUCCCAACAAGUCAAUUACAUUGCUUCACAAACAGAUGGGAAACAAUUGCAGCAGGGUAUUCCAAGUGUUUCUCAUGUAAGUAACAACAUGAGUACACCAGUCUUACCUGCCCCACCAGCAGCCCCAGGAAUCAUGGGAACAGUUCAGGGACCAAGUUCUGGUAAUACUUCAUCGUCCAGUCACAGCCAAGCCUCUAAUGCUGCUGUAAAAUUGGCAGAAAGCAAAGUAAGUGUUACAGUGGAAGCCAGCGCAGAUAGCUCGAAGACAGACAAGAAAUUACAAAUUCAAGAAAAAGCAGCACAGGAAGUAAAAUUGGCUAUUAAGCCAUUUUAUCAAAAUAAAGAUAUCACUAAGGAAGAAUAUAAAGAGAUUGUACGAAAAGCAGUUGAUAAAGUUUGUCAUAGUAAGAGUGGAGAAGUAAAUUCUACCAAAGUGGCAAAUCUCGUUAAAGCCUAUGUAGACAAAUAUAAAUAUUCACGGAAAGGGAGCCAGAAGAAAACUCUGGAAGAAUCUGUCUCUACUGAGAAAAACAUAGGCUGACAUUAGAGCGCUGGAAAGGACAUUGUCAAGAUAUCUGCAAAGUGCAAUUUCAACCUGUACCAUUAACUGAAAAUCAUAUAUAACUGUGACUGAAUUUGGUUUUGAUAAAACUAUUUUUUUUAUUGUAGGAUAUAAUGUUUUGUUCUAAAUAUAGUUGUGCACUGCAACUUCUAUAUCUAACCCCACCCUAAUAAAACACAUUCAAGGGAAAAUCAAGGAUGUAAUGGAAUGUGCAUUUUUAUUAGGAAUAUGUUAUAAUAAUGUGGAUACUGUAAGAUGUACAGCUUUGAUUAGAACAAUGAAGUACAUAAAUUAGAACUUCUUGGAGCACUGAGUUUGGAAGACAUAAAUAAAUAUAUAUAUAUAUAUAUAUAUAAUACAUUUAUUCUGUCAGGCUGAAAAAAUAAAGUAAGAUCUUUGUGACUUCCCCCCUAAAGUUAUAGAAAGUUAAAUAAUGUAUUGCCAUUUAAAUAUUUCUGAUCUUACUAGAACACACCUAUUGCAGGAUUCUUAAUGUGUAUUUUUAAAGUACAUAUCUGAGUGAAUUAUUUAGAUAGAAACAUGAUCACAAGUGAAACUUAAGUGUUCAGACUUUGAGGUUCUUUACCUGCUGCACCAACAGUAAAGUUUUGCUGCUUGCUUUUCUUUUGUGCCUUCCCCACCCCCUGUGAGAUGAAGCCAUUUGAUUUGCUAGGUCUCCACUUUGGCACUUCCAAUUCUUUGUUGAAUUCUGAAGACCAACUUGGAAAAAUGUGUUGACUUUUUACAAAUGAUGUUCUUUCAUAAUAUCUUCUACUCAUCAGUAAUGGUAAUUAUUUGUGCCAACUGGAGAAUUGAUGUUAGGUGGUGACUGUCCAGUUCUUGGGACUGAGGUAGAAUUGUGAAGUCCCACUUCACUGGCUUUGGGUUGUUCAUCUCUUCUAAUCACUAGUAAAAUUAUUUUCAUACUUUUGAAAUCCCUAAAUGCUUUUCAGUGAAUAAAGUGUUAACUUGGUGACCAGUAGCUAUGUUAAAGAAUUUUAGAUAUUAAAGCUUGUAUUUGACAAAAGAAGAGGAAAAUUAAUAGGGUCUUUAUUACGUUUUCUUGUAGUAGGUUUCUUUUUUAAAGUACUAGAAUAUGUUAAUUAUGCAAGGUAAGUUUAAAAUGCUUAUGGCACCAUUAUUUUAAUUGACACUUAGAAAUAAAAAUGAGUUCAUUCUAGUAACAAUUUUCAGUAGGUACCAAAUAACUGGAGAGGCAUUCAGAUAAUAUGUUAAUGGAUCCAAGGUAAAUAUAUACUUCAUUGAGAUUUCCCUAUUCACAGUGUUCAGCAAGAGCGAUACCCUUUAUAGAACUGUGCUUUUCUAAAGUAAUGAUUAUUCAUUUCUCAGUUAUUUUUGUGCAUAAUACUUUUCCUGGUGCUAGCUUUGAUAGGCAACAUAUUUUGAAAUGUUGGACCCAUAGUAAUUGCUCUAGGUAGUUAAUAAGCUCUGUUAGGUUAUGACUAUAAUCCUAAAAAUAUUUCCAAAACAGUUUUUGAUCUUCAGUCUACAUUUCUGGGCAUUUGUAAUAUGAUAUUUUACUGACAUAUAUAUAUUUUUAACUAAAGUUUGUGUUUAGAUUAUGAUGGGAAAAGAAGUUUGGAAGUAUGUUUCUUCUAAUAAAAUAUUAAGGAAGUGUUUCAAAUACCAAUUACACACCUCCUCAGUUGUUUCAGUUCAGAAUUCCAUAAGCAAUGGUGUGAACUUAGGCUGCACUUUGAGUUAAGGCUGGUUCACAUGUUGAUACUGUUUUGUGGCCGAUUUCAGUUUCUUAGCUGGUUAACCACUCUGCAUUUUCUCUGUAGUUUUUAGUGAUAUUUGAGAAGUAGGCAUUUUAAAUCUUGUUUUAUACCAUUUCACUUUUGCCAACAGGUUUUCAAGUUUAGAAGAAAAACUAGGUAAUUCGGUAAAGAUUCAAGGCUUCAGAUUUGUGUAGAACACCACCAUUUUUAAAAUAACAAGUAUGUGUUCCAUGUCCCAUAGGGCAUUUAAAAUAGCUAAUAAAGAAUGUUAAUGGAUUAAAACUUAAACUUUUAAUAAAUAAAAUCAGAAAAUGCAUGUUUUGUGUUAAAAUACAUUGCUUUUACAUUCUUGUUCCGUCUUUAGAAGUUCACAUUAAUUUUGCAUGUGCAAACUUAAUCAAACAUUUAUGGGGUUCCAGUUUCCUCUUUGUCAUGCUUCCAUAUGGACUCGAUGUUUGGAACCUUGAUCCCUUGAACUCAUUGGCCCAUGUUUUAAGCUGUAGUGAUGCUUAGUAGUUGUCAUUCAUCAUUUGAACAUUCCGGAAGUUUUGUAAUUGUUCUGGUUAUUACUGCAUUUUUAUCAUUAACUUCCUUGAAAUGGCUACAGUAUAUACUACUUAACUCUUCCAUCCAUAAAAUGUGUAUUCAGAAGCCCAGUGGUUGCCCCAGGGUCUGAGGAGACAUUGUAGUAUGAGGUUGGAGUGCUGUCUACUGAAACAAUAAUCUCUAACAAGAACGUGGUGUGUAAUAUUUUCUAAUAAAUUUCUUUGGGAAACAAAA